AUUGCAUCACCAGUGGACGAUGCAGGGAAGUCUGUGUUCUUGUAUGUUGGUUCUCCUCCUUCACAGCUUGAACCAGCUUGGGAAGACAUGAACUUGUGGUAUCAGGUCCAAAGACAAACUAAGAUAUUAAGUAUUAUGAAACAGAGAGGACUGUCUAGCAAAUACCUGCCGCAGCUCCAUGGGUCUGGUCGGAUACUUCACCCAGGGCAAUGUCAAAAACCAAGUUCAGGUGGACGAUGUGAUCAUCCUUGGUGUGGAACUCCAAUUCUUGUGACCACUCCGGUUGGUGAGACAGUAGCUGACUUGGUAAAUGGGGGCCGGUUUGGUCAAGAAGAAGCUAUUCGAUGUUGCCAUGAUUGCUUAUCUGCACUUUCUUCCUCCUCUUCAGUUGGGAUCCGACACGGUGAUAUCCGACCAGAAAAUGUAGUUUAUGUCACUUCGGGUGUAAGACAUCCUUACUUUGUACUUAUUGGUUGGGGUCACGCUGUGCUUGAGGAUAGAGAUCGACCAGCGAUGAAUCUUCAUUUCUCCUCGACUUAUGCGCUUCAGGAAGGGAAACUAUGUGCUGCCUCAGAUGCAGAGAGCUUGAUUUACAUGCUUUAUUUCUGUUCUGGAGACUUCCCUGAAUUGGAUUCAGUUGAAGGAGCUCUUCAAUGGAGAGAGACCUCUUGGUCAAAAAGAUUGAUUCAGCAGAAGCUAGGCGAUGUCUCAACCAUUUUAAAAGCGUUUUCAGACUACGUUGAUAGUUUAUGUGGGACACCAUAUCCAUUAGAUUACGACAUUUGGUUAAGAAGAUUAAAGAGGAAUCUUUCAGAAGAUCAUGGGAAAGAAAUUGAAACUUCAGGCUAAGCUCUGAUCCAAGAAACAAAAUGGGGUUUCGCCAUACCAGAUAAUGGAGGUCCUUAUAUGUAAAGAUUCGAUUCCUUUUGAACAUUCUUUCAGGUGCCCUCUCUCUCUCUCUUUCUCUCUCUGCUUAACCUGUCCGAGACUGGAAGCCUCACGAUGAGACGUAUCCUUUGGUUUUGCCAAGUCUGAAAAGUUUGGGACCUUUGUUUUCUGUUCUUGUACAUGUUCUUUGAAAAGGAUUAGAUUCUGCGUCUCCCUUGGCUGUUAAUGUUCUUCUGUUCCUUUUCUUCAUUAUUAUUAUUAUUAUUAUCAUCAUCUUGAGAGCGAUUCUCUAUUUAUUUAUUGUAAAGGUGAGAGCUUUUUUGUUCCCAUUUUGACUUGUGUUUAAGUUUACGAGUUCUUUUCUUCUUCCAACAUUGAUUCUGUCUCGUCGCC